AUGAACAUUACGGAAGUUCCGACUGUAAUUUUGCACUCCCCCGAUACUGAUUCUGUGAUUUCCGAGGAUGAUUCAUGUUACUAUUUUGAUGGUAGUGUGGAGCGGUUGCCGCUUCGGAAUCCGGAGUACUCUGAUGAAAGAAGCAUGCAACGGAGAAACCCGAUUCGUCGGCAACGCACUGUUUUGGAUGAAGAACAGACUAAAGAUGCUAUGAAAUUGUUGCAAAAGUACGUCAAAAAGAAAUAUGCUGGAAGUGCAUUCUUAAAUGAAAGCCACGAUGAACAAGCUGCAACACCCGUAGACCAGUCAGCAGGUCAAUUUUCAAGAAAUCAGACUCCCCACGAACGUUUAUCAGCCAUGUUUAACGCAAGUCCAUCUGGAGCGUUCAGCGAUUAUAUGCCUGCUGUAUCACCUGACCGGGACCCAGCUUUCCGAAGUGAAUUAUUCAAACCACGCGAGCGCGAAUCCUGGGGAUCAUGGUUCUUCCGAGUCAUUAAAUUUCUCUACCAGUUCCUAGGACUUCAAUAUGUCAUGCUUGCUCUUGUUAUCCUUGGCUACGCAUGUAUUGGCGGAUAUAUGUUCCAAGCCUUGGAACACGACCAGCAACAAUUGGACCUUGAGAUGGAACAGCAAGUGAAAAUUGCAGAGUCGACGUUGUUAGCGGAAAACUUGAUGGAUUAUAUAAAGAAGUGGAAUUGUGGUCAAUCUAAUGAGAAGAAGUGUUUGGAAUUGAUCAUGAAAGCAUUCGUGGAGCGAACUGAAAAAGUUGAGAAGUCGAUUCGAGGAGAUGGUUGGAGAUGGGAUUUCUGGAACUCUGUUUUCUUCUCAGCCACUAUUUUCACUACCAUUGGUUACGGAAAUCUCACUUGUAAAACUAAUAUAGGAAGAAUAGCAACUAUAAUUUACGGUUUAAUUGGUAUUCCGUUGAUGUUGUUCGUGCUGAAAGUAUUCGGAGAGUUCUCAAUCGGAUGGGUCAAAAAAAUCAGUUUGUUUUUGAAGAGAUGUAUGAAAAGAUGCUAUAGAAGAGCUCUGAAACGUUCAAAUACUAUUGAGUCAGUGGCGUCCCAUGAGAUGGCAGAUGAUGGCAGUGAUGAUACAGAAGAAGAAGAGGGAAUCACCACUUUUCCUGUCAAGUGGGCCCUAUUCAUUGUGUUUUCGUUCAUGGUGAUUUGCUCGUUUAUUGUCUCAUUUUGGGAAAAAUGGGAUUUUCUGACUGCCUUCUAUUUCUUCUUCGUAUCCCUCUCCACAAUCGGAUUCGGUGACGUCAUACCAGAACACCCUCGCACAGCAUGUGGUCUCUUCAUCCUCUAUUUCGUCGGCCUUGCACUCUUUUCGAUGGUAUACGCUAUUCUUCAGGAGAGAGUGGAAAAUAAGUACAUGUGGGCUCUGGAGCUUAUUGAUCAGGAAUACCAAGACAAACUGGAGAACGUAGAGCUUGAUAAAGAAGAACAAUCAGAAUAUGGUCCACCUGGAGCUGCUGGAUCGGGAUGGGGUAAUGCUAUCGGACAGUUGCACUCGCAAAAUUUGAUCAAGUGGAGAAAUCAGCAGGGAAAGAGUAUGGACAACAUGCCUGAUCGACCGAUUAGUGAAAGAAGAUUCAGUGUGUUCACUCCAGGUGAGCCACCACACGCAGCACCUCCUGUUCUUGGAACCUUCAUGUUUCACAAUAUGUCAAUGAAGAAGAAACUGAUUGCGAGAUCUGAGAGCAUUCUGAACCAACAAAAUCCGAAACGACCGUCAACUUUGUUCCCCAGCAAUGAAAUGCUCUCCAAUUCAGCAAAUAGCUCGCGGGGUUCACCAUGGCCACAGGCGGUCGACAUGAAUCAACCCAAAGAGCCUAUUGCCUUGGGCAAGUCACUAGGAAUAUCUGCUCCUAACCUAGCCAACACAGGCAAUCGGUCCCCAUCUGGCGCCCUGUCUGUGAUCACCGAGGCCAGCGACGAGGAUACGCGCCACUUCAAAAAGCACCGAAAACCGUUGGCAAAGACUAUGGCAACCAGUGAUACGCCGUCAAACCCUGGUACACAGUUUUUUUUUUGUUUUUUUCUAUCAAUCCGUUUUCUUUUUCUUAUCAAGUCACAGAACUAUAUAUCAACUUUCGCCAGUUUUCUUUUCCAAUGCAGUGCUGAGAGUCUUGAUCAAGAAAUGGAUGAGUUGCAAUUGGAAUUUCCUCAUCAAUCAAUCACACCGAAACCGUAUCGAGAUCCACACCAAAUUCAAACAUCGAAAUUCAGAAAACAAGAUGAAACGGUUGCGUCAAGAGCUGAAAGAAUGCCGCUGUCGCCGAGAGAACCGUUGGAAGAAGAGGAUGAGGAGACGGAACAGUGA